AGAUGACUUCCAAGAUGGUCCGUAGCCAUUUUGGCUCAAGCUUUUCCGGCGGGCCUCGGAGCACGAGCAGGCUUAAGCACAGUCAGGCCUCAUUCAGCCUCGCUCUAUGGGCGCCACUGCGCCCCCCCCCCGUGGAGAUCGGAGCGGCGGCCGCGGACUCUGACCAGGCGCAUGAUGCUGCCUCGACGGGCGGGCACCGCGAGGCCGGCGCAGCGAGCAGGUGCAGAAGCGGGCGUUCGCGGGAGUGCGGCGCGGUGGUUUUGGAUGCAGAGCGGAUGCCACCUACGGGGUCGUUGGCGUUGGUGUUGUAUUCGACACUGCUAACGGGAGUCAACCUCGUGGUCGUGAUUCCAACUGCGGAUGACUACGCUCGCCGUCUCGGUGGAGGCGAGCUCUUCAGCGGCCUCAUCAUCGGAGCCCUUCCGCUCUUCGCGGGCCUCGGCAUCUACGUGAACCAGAUCUGGCUUAUGCGCUGGAUGUCGCUUAAGUCAGUGCUUCUCCUCUUGGCAGUCGGCUCGGUGUUGGGCAACGUCCUUUACAGCUUGGCAGGGCUCAUGCACUUCAAAUGGACAUUAUUUGCAGCGCGGUGCCUGGUCGGCUUCUGCAACGGCUUCAACCUUCCCUCGCUGUACAUCGGCCUCACCGUCGGCAUGAAACGACGAAGCGAAAUUAUUCUUUAUUUUUCUGCUUUGAACACCUUGGGAUACGCGCUGGGGCCUGCUCUCGCUGCCAUGCUGGACGUGUUUGUAGCAUCUUUCCGUAUCAACAAUCUAGUACUGGAUGCUGAUACAGCGCCAGGAUGGUUCAUGGCCAUCCUCUACCUGCUGUUCAUGGUGAAAGUGAUAGUCUUAUUUGAAGACGUUCCUAUGAAAGUAACGUCCCCACAAGCUGCCCAAAGCAACCAUGCGGAUAGCACAGUCCUGGAACCAGUCCCUGCUGUUGCUUGUUGUGCUUGCCUCUGGUACUUGUGCGUCUCGUCACUAUUCAUCACAUGCGUGGAGGUGUACGCGGUGAAUGUAGGCCAGAAUUAUUGGGGCUGGACGCUUGCGACUAGUGCGAUGUUCCUUUCUGUGUUGAUGCUAUGCUCGGGCCUGAUCAACCUCUUCAUGGGCAUAUUUACCAAGCACCUGAUACGGAGCGAUCGAAAGGCCUUGCUUGUGUCGAGUAUGAUUGCAUGUGCUUGUUGCGCGUUACUAUUUAACUUCAACCUUGAUGCAAUUUCUGCCAAUGUGUCCAUAUUGAGCACGGGCUUGGUGUUGGUGCUCAUUCUAUCAGGACUCAUCCGAGCAUUUGGGCUUGCUGCCUCUUCGAAGAUCGUGCCGACGAGCCAAAAGGCUAUUAUGAAUACAUGGGCAACAGAGUUCAUGACCGUGGGCCGUGGUGCAGGCGGCAUCAUAGGAUCGAUAUUGAAUCCAAGUUCUUUUUUCCCUGUCGUAGUGACUUUGUUCGCUGUCACUUUGCUGACAAGUGUUGCAUCUCACUCGCGCAUGCAGCCCAGUGGGAAGGCCAAGUGAAGAAAUUCGAGCUUUGCUUGCGCAGAAAUACAGACGUUGAUGGACAGAAGCUCCAUUCACCCCCCUGACCCAAGUCAGAGGGCCAGGUACAGAAAUUCCAGCCCUGGUCCGUGGGACGUGCAGACAGAAGGUCCAGCCAUUCAUGCAGCCAAGAAAAUGACCUCCAAGAUGGCCGUAGCCAUUGGGCGACGCAACAAACUGGGGUCGUCUGCGCCGACAUUAGCGCGUAAGCUGCC